AUGGCGAUCAAGCACAACAACCAGAUUCUCAACCAGCACUUCCGCAAGGACUGGCAGCAGCGUGUGCGCGUGCACUUCAACCAGCCUGGCCGCAAGCACCGCCGUCGUGAGGCCCGUCUCGCGAAGGCCGCCGCCGUCGCUCCUCGUCCGGUUGACAAGCUGCGUCCCGUUGUGCGGUGCCCUACCGUCAAGUACAACCGCCGGGUUCGUGCUGGCCGUGGUUUCACCCUGGCCGAGCUGAAGGAAGCUGGUAUCCCCAAGAAGCUCGCCCCCACCAUUGGCAUCGCCGUCGACCACCGCCGUGUCAACUACUCCAAGGAGUCUCUGGCCGCCAAUGUCGCUCGUCUCCAGGACUACAAGGCCCGUCUGAUCCUCUUCCCCCGCAAGAGCGGUCAGUUCAAGAAGCUUGACUCGUCCGCCGACGAGGUCAACGCUGCCAAGGCUGCUUUCGCCGCCGAGGGCAAGACCGAGGGUUACGCCACCCGCGUUGGCGCUACCUUCCCCGUCAAGAACCUCUCUGCUGAGGAGGCUGUCACCGAGGUCAAGCGUGACACCCUUCCCAAGGGUGAGGAGGCUGCUUUCCGCCGUCUGCGCGAGGCUCGUAGCGAGGCUCGUCACCAGGGUAUCCGGGAGAAGCGUGCUAAGGCCAAGGCCGAGGAGGAAUCCGCUGCCAAGAAAUAA